AAAUAUCUACCUUAUCCAAGACGUGGCGAGGAAAGCACCGCGAGAUAUUUUCCCAGGCAAUGCGAGGAACCAAUGUUUUAGGGUUCUAGCGGGUCUCUCCCACCGGAUCCAAUGGAGGCCGCGGACAGGGCACUGGUAGCGCCAUUGUCCGCCCCAGCCGCGGCGGCAUCGGCAGCAGCGGUCUCCCAGGCGCCCUCCUCCGUCACGUCCAAGCUCGCCGGCAUCGUCCGAUCCAUCACGCAAGGUAACACCGAAGAGAAGACGAGGAUCCUGUGCGAGAAGCUCCAGGACAUCCGCGUCAAGUUCGUGCGCCUCGUCCACCGCCUGGGCCAAUCCGCGGACAAUGGCAUUGCCGCGCAAGUCCUCUACCGCUUCGCCCUCGCGGAGCAGCUCAAGGGCGGCAAGAUGCGCAACAGCACCAGCGGCUACGACAAGGCCUGCGCGGUGGCGAUGGAGGAGGAGGCCUCCUCGCGCGACGAGGAGCUGGAUUUCUGCUGCACCGUCUUGCUCCUGGGCAAAUCCGGGGUGGGCAAGAGCGCCACCGUCAACUCCAUCUUCGGCAAGCCCAUGGCGAGCACCAGCGCCUUCUCCAGCGGCACCAACAAGGUGGAAGUGAUCGAUGGAACCAUGAAGGGGAUCCGGAUGAGAGUGAUCGACACGCCGGGGCUCUCCGCGAGCAUGGCCGACCGGCGCUACAACGAGCGCGUGGUGGCCUCGAUCAAGCGCUGCAUUCGCAGGAACCCACCCGACAUUGUCCUCUACGUGGAUCGCUUGGAUUCCCAGAGCAAGGACGCGGCGCUCAUGCGCUACAUUGGCGAUCGCUUCGGCCCGGCCAUCUGGUUCAACGCGAUCAUCGUCUUGACGCACGGAGCUUCGUCGCCACCCGAUGGACCCGAUGGUUUUCCGCUACGGUAUGAUUCUUACGUUGGCCAGAGAACCCGGAUGUUCCAGCAGACUGUCCGAUCGGCCGUGGGCGAUACCCGGCUGCUCAACCCGGUGACGCUCAUCGAGAACCACCCGGCGUGUCGAACCAACCGAGCCGGCGAGAGAGUUCUUCCAAACGGGAUGGUGUGGCGGCCCGAGCUCCUGUUGCUGUGCUUCUCGGCCCGGAUCCUGGCCGAGGCCAACACGUACCUCAAGCUCCCGGAGAGCAUGCCGCUGACGAGGCUGUGCGAGCGGCGGAGUGGCUCGCCAAUGCCGGUGCUGCUGGCGUCGAUGCUGCAGGCUCGAUCCGAGGUCCAGCAGCCGGACGAGGAGGAGUAUGGCGAGGUGGAUCCGGACGAGGACGAGGAUGGAGAGGCCGAGUUUGAUCAGCUGCCACCUUUCCGCCGGCUGCUCCAGGACGAACUGGACGCUCUGGACGAGGACAACCGGCAGUCGUACUUCGAGGAGCUCGCGCUGCGGGAGAAGCUGUUCAAGCGGAAGCUGUGGAAGACGCAGUGCCGGAGGUGGCGGGAGAUGAAGAACAGGGGCGUGGAGGACGGCGAGGACGAGCAGCAGCAGCACCGCGACAUGGCCCCCGGGAUCUCCCCCGACUUCGCGCUCCCGACGAGCUUCAGCUCGGACGAUCCAAGCCACCGGUACCGCUACGUCGAUGAUGCGUCCUGGAAUGUCCGCCCGGUGCUCGACUCGCGGUGGGAUCACGAGAACGGGUUCAACUCCGCCAACUUGGACAGAUCUUUCCACCUCGCUAAGAACAUCCCAGUGUCAGUCUCGGGACAGAUCGUCAUGGACAAGAAAGAGUACCACGUAACUUUCGAUGGCUCAGCAGCAAUCAAGCACGGACCCAACAGAGUUUCUACCGGAGGGCUCGACAUCCAGACGGUGGGAAGGGACGUUUGCUACAGCCUGUGGGGAGGGACGACGUUCAAGAACCACGAGUGUAACAAGACGCUGGCGGGAAUGGGGGUCACAAUGGUCGGAGAGAACGCGGUGGUCGGAGUGAGACUGGAAGACAAGGUGGUGAUAGGAAAGCGAGCAAAGAUCCUGAUGAGCGGGGCUACUUCACUCACCCGGGGUGACAAAGCUUACGGAGCGAUCAUGGAAGCGACGGUGGUCGGGCCCGACUAUCCCGUGGAUCGAACAAACUGCACGCUGGGAUUGUCAGUCAUGAACUGGACAGCAAAGGAUAUUGCAUAUGGAAUCAACUUACACUCGCAAAUCCACUUGGGUGGAACGGCGAUGGUGGUGCGCGGCAACGCCAACAAUCGAGGAACCGGACAGAUAUCGAUCAAGGUGAAUAGCACUGAUCGGAUCCAGCUAGCUCUGCUUGGACUGCUUCCUGUUAUUCGAUCGCUCUGGAGGAGCCAAAGCAGAUGGUUUCCUCUGGAAUUCGCCUAGGCAGUAGAAGAAGCAAAGUUUGUAGAUCUAACACCGGCUUUUUCACAAAUAAAAGUUGAAAGAUGAAAUGAGGUAAACAGAGCUACCUUAUUAUUUCUCUGGCG